AUGGCGCCUGAAGCGGGGGCAGAUGCACCAGAAGGACGGAGCUGGAAGGGCUUUUAUGAGACGUCAGAAGGCAGGCCAGAGUUAGAAUCGACAAAAAGAUGGACAAUCAGCCCGAGGGAAAAUCAAGUAAAUGGCGGUGGGGCCGCGGCUUCGGUUUCGUCCAAUGCCAAAGUCAACGCUUCGGAUAGAACAAAAGGUUCAAGUAAGCCCAUGUCAGGCGGCAACGUGGGCAAAAAGUGUCCGCCAGAGAAAGCCUUGACGCCGAUGCCGUCCAUGUUGCUGGCCCAUUCUGGGAAGGCACUAAAGACGGCGAUUUCUUCGGCAACCCCAGCAGUCCGCCUGUUCUCACCGACGCCGAAACGACAGACGAGUGGACCGAAUUCUGACACUCAGAAGCCAGGUUUGGGUCAUAAACAGGAGACUGGGCCCCAACAUCGACAGUCUGGCUCUCUGUCCGACUGCGAUCAGGACAGAGCCGGCUGUGAGGCAUCCAGUACCCCGGCUUCGGCCACGUAG